CCUCCCCGUUGCCCGCUGAUUCUUCUACUCUUUCUUUCGUCUUUAACUCUUUACCUCUGCCGUGUUUCAUCAUUGGCACGACUCGAGUCGUGCUGGUCACCUGUUUUCCAGUGUGUUUGUGGUCUUUUCUUUUCUUUUUGUGCUAUAUAUCCCUUGACCGCGUUUUCUUUCAUCCCAUCUUUUCCCCUGUUUUAACGCUUGUUUGUCCUUGUGCAUUGUAUACCUGACUCAGAUAACCCGCCACCGAGUCUAUCAAGGUCAUCACUUAUCUCUACCUUCUUCUCUUCAUUUCAAAAUAUACCCAGUUUGAAGGCAGUAUUAGAAGAUAUCAAAAUGCCUCGCUAUCCUACUAUCCCCAUCGUCCCCGAAAGCGAGACGGACUACUCCGACUCAGACAUCUCCUUUGAAGCCCGUUCCCCGCGUCGACGUACGUCAUUCAGAAGACGCUCUGUGUCCCGUCAGCGCCAGCCCGACUAUAGUCACGCCUACUUGAGCCCGGUCGUCCAGGACCUUGGUGGUCUACAGAGGUCUGCCUCAACGGGCGGCCGUCGACCCAAACUGGCCAACCGUGACCACCGCGACCAUCACCGGGAAUCGGCGCGAGAGCGGGACCAGCCCCCGCAAAUCGUGGUGGAUAUCAACAAUAACACCCGCGACCGCAGUUUGAGCCCGGUCGCCCAGGAGAUUGGUGGUGUACAGAGGUCCGCCUCGAUGGGUGGUCGUCGACCGAACCUGGCCAACCGCGACCAUCAUCGGGAAUGGGCGCGAGAGCGGGAACAGGAGCAGGAAUGUGAGUACCAGCCACCUGCUAUCGUGGCGGAAUCAGAGCCUCCGCUUGGGCCCCAGAGAGGACGUGGUCGCGCUGACCAUGGCGUCUCGUUUUUGGAUCGUUUGCGAGACUCUGAACGCAACGAUCAAGUCCAUGAAGUCGUUGUACGCAGAGACUAUGAGCCUCCGGUUGGCGGUCCUAAAGACUUGAACAGUUAUCGAGAAUACAGCAGGAAAGAAAAUAGUAGGAUUGACCAUGUGUUUCCGGUCGGAGGAUAUCAGCUUGUCCUGAGUCCGCAUGUCGUUAAAGAUUCAACAGUGCAUUUCGAGAUGGAUAUCGAGGAGGACCUCGAGGCCCAGCUGGAGGAGUUCUCGCGGUUGAAACGACUAGGUCGAUUUAGCGCUGCUUGGGAGAUGUUCCAAAGCGAGUUGGCAGAGCAUACGGCAUACUCUUUCCCUGUUCUCAUCGAGUAUGCAGACAUGCUGUAUGAUCAGGGCCAUUAUCGCGAUUUCCUGGACCUGAUGCGCGAGUACAGUCAGCAUUUGGCCAAAUGGAAAGUCAGUGACAGCGAUCAGGUGCUAUUCGCACUGAACGAAGCGUUAGCAGAGACGCUUUCCGGCGGGUAUCCAGGCAUCAGUCGCAGGCGUUAUCUUGCCAAAACUGACGAGCUCUUCGCUGCUGAAAGGGAUAUCGAUUGCAUAAAGCUCCAAAUCUUGAAUCGGCUGCUGAGGUUAUGGACAGUGUGUGACAGUGAAAAGCGAAGAAAGAAACAAAUUUUUCGCCUUGUUCAGUUGAGAAGCCACCCGGUCACCAAGGCCUUGAUUGCCCAAGAGCGCUUCUGGGAGUUCAAAGACUUGAUCGUGGAGUUAACAAACUAUGACAUUGAGGGUGCAUGGCUCAAUGUUUUCUUGAGCUCUUAUGGCAAUGAUACCUCCCUUCGGGUGCUGAUUGAGGACUGGACUUCGGGGGCCUACGAUGAAUCCUCUUAUUUGGCACUGCUCGAAAUUCUAGUUGCAUUUUCCGGAUAUCCCAUCUCGAAGCAACCGACCUCGGACGAUAAAAGCUUGCCAGCAUUCGGACGCAUCCUCCAAUGGGCUCGUCAAGUUGCCAGUACUAUCGAGGCAAAAAGCCCGGGCCUGGUCAAGUCACGGCCAUAUAUUCGCUGGAUCUUAGCAGAAGCAGAGCAUAGCCGUCGACUUGAAGGAGACGUGCUCCGGCGACAUCUUUCUCGAUUUCCAGGUGUGACGGUCUACAGAAGCCUGCUGCCGAUGUACAUCCCGAGCGCUUGUGAGAAUCCCGGUUGGCCUGCGGUGCAUGCGUAUCCACAGUAUACCAAGCUUGUCCAGAUUGCACUCCACGCGGCUCAAGAAAAUGGGGAUUACCGAACCGAGAUCCUAUGCCUGCAGGAGUUGAUAUGUCGAUCUUCACACCCGCAGGAAUUGUUCGAGCAGCUGAUGCAACGACAAAAAGAAGUAGAGGGUAACUCAAUUGCAUACCAGCAAACCCGCGUGUCAACGUAUCUAUUAGGAAACAAGGGAAGCUCGGAAUCACUGGGGGCCUUGCUAAAUGAAUACCAUUUCGGUGACUCUCCUACUCAAGCUAUUUCACGUCGAGCUGAAGAAGGGCUCACCCCGUGGUGUUAUGUCAUGCUGCGACGGGCAUUUGCCAUCUACAAGGGGCAGAAUAAGGAUAAACCAGAAAGCGAGGCCUUUCGUCUUUUAUCAGGACUUCCCCAUGAUGUUUCUUCCAUUGUCGAUAGGAAAGCCAUACUUGUAUCCAGGCGGCAGCGCCGAAUUUCGAUCAGCCUCAGCAGUGACCUGAGUUCCAACUCCGACGUGGAGUAUUUCGACUCCCGCGACAGCAGAAGGCAAGCUGAAGCUGGUUCUUCCAGGGAGAGGUCUAUGCGUCAUAGCAAGAUCCCAGAAGCUCCAAAGCCCACUGAUCCUCGUCGUCAAUCGAAAGCUGCUAUUAUACUUUCCAAAUACGAUCCGCUUCGUUCCUUUCGCCAGCGUACCAUUGAAUCAGACAACAAAAUUCACAACAGCACCAAGUUAACGGGCGCAGACGAGGGCAUUCAAACCGAGGAUCCAGGUGAUAAACUUACCGCAAAGCCGUAUGUCGUUGAAGAUGAAUUAGAUACUGAAAUCAAAGGAGAUCCAAAAAAUUCCAGUGCUAGGAACCUAGAUCCAGCUGAAGAAGAUGGAUUACAAGAGCCGGGGUGGCCUCCGGCAAAUCUUCUUGAAGGUAAACCGCCGAUGCAGCCACAAGUCGACGAGAAAUCACCCUCGCCUCCAGAGUUACCAUAAUGAUGUUCCAAAUGAAUAGAAGAAAUACCCAGGUUUCCGUUACAAAGCUGCAAAUUGGGCUGAGAGCUUCCCUCAAUCUAGAAGAAGCCUCUCGUUCUAAGAAUUUCAACUCAAUAUUAUUCUUCUUUAAAAUGUAGUGUCUUGCAUUUCUGUAUAUCUAUAAAGCACCUGAUAUAACUCCAAAUUAUAAGAACU